AUGGAAGUUCAGCCCAGUACAAACAAUUUGAUCUGCCAGGUUUGUGGUUCAACAGGAGCUCAAAUCCAUUACAGAGCCGUGGCUUGUGGGAGCUGUAAGAUUUUCUUUGUGCGCACAAUACAAGGAACAUCGCGAUAUCUUUGUGAGAAGGGAAGCACGUGCGUUGUGACGAAAGAUAACAGAAACUCCUGCAAAGCGUGCCGUUUUGCAAAAUGCCUGAAAGCAAACAUGACUGAGCAAGAUGUUGGCCGUUUCAAAAAGAAUUCCAAAUGCACUAGCAAGAAUGAUGCUGUGGUUCCUUACAUAGCGGAAUCGCAGUGGAAAAUACAAUUUGAAAAGCAGAGAGCAAUGAAUACGCUUCCUCCUUGUGCACUAACUUCCAAUACUUACGAUCUGAAUCAAAUGCCGGAGACCAUUAGUAUCGGAGCUCAUUUUGUGAGGGAUCUUGUGCGUACGUCGAAGGCUCCAGACUAUGCUAAAACUCUUGUUUACAUAGAAAGUCUAUGUGACAAUAACGAAGCGCCCAAGUCGUCAUUUGCGUACACAUUAGACGCAUCGCUUGCUGAUGUGCUUCAAAAACCGCAUAUCUGCUGUGCUAGAACACCUAUUGGCUGGAAUGAGGAAUUAUUCGUGGAACAGGACAAUGUGCUUGACAUAUUGAAACAAGUAUACUGUAGGACAGUCACGCACUUUGCCGACUUUGUUGCAAGUUGUCCUGAACUACAGCUCCUGAACUCAAAAGACAAGCUCGCUCUAUGCAGCACGAACUAUUGUGGUGUGGUCUUGUUGCUGAUGUCGUAUAACACUUAUCUCAACAACUGCGAGGGUAUUCUGUUUCCGCAUGGAUUCAAGUAUAGCUUAUCGAAAAAACGAGAGGACAAUGAAUACAACGCAUACCUUCACGAGCUUGUGGAGUACCUAUAUAGAAAUGUUAUCCUAGCUUUCCGAGAAGUUUUCGUUACGGUUGAGGAAUAUGCAAUCAUCAAAGCGCUUGUUCUUUUUUCAGGAGUGAUGUCGCUUAGCGACGAAGGAUCAGAGAUUGUAUCAAAGGCGCGUCGGAAAUACGGCGCUCUUUUAUCCGAGUACGUAAUGGCAACGCGAGCAGAUCUUACUACGGCAGAUCAAAUGGCACGUGUAUCCAAACUGUACAGCAUCAUACCUCAUAUAAUGCACGCUUCUGAAAGCGACAACACUUACUGUGCCAGAAUGGUUAUGAUGAAUGUGGGCAACAUGAACGGAUCAUUGUCCUAUGAUCUUCACGUACGCAAAUUCUAAUUUGAUGUUGACAUCCCCAGUGAUUAAGAAAUCUAUUCGUAAUACAUUUUUGCAUGUACUACACAAACUCUCUUCUCUUCACACUGCUUUCAAAAGCUUUACGUUGUCAUAAAUCGCAUCAUAUACGAAUCUUAGUAUCCUCAC